AGCCAUACUCGUACAUACAUUCCUUUCUCUGUCAGUCUUCCGUGAAAAGUAUGCGAGUUAUUCGAUGCGUGACAAGAUUAAGUUUAAGUUUAUCAACAGAGGGUCUCCAACGACUUCUGAUGAAAGCGUUAUUAAAUAUGUCGCUGGUAUAAGUCGGAGCUGAUCGGGGCUGAAGACAAGUGGUGAAGAGUGGGCGGCCAUAAGUGGUGAAGCGGGGCUGCGAUGUUAUGACCGGGAACAUGCAGAGACUCUGAGCUUUCGAGAUCCAUGUGCACGGGUGGCUCCUUCAGUGAGUGCAUCCUGAGCCACGUUGGAUGGAAAAGGGGAAAGCGCAGCACACAGUCAUUGUUCUCUUCUCGGGAGUUCGUUAGACAUGAUCCCACCUCAUACCUUUGAUCCACCGGAACCUCCUUGAUUCUGAGCGAUAUUAUCCAAUUCGUCAACCAGCUCAUCUCUGAGAUUCUGAUUCUCUCUCUCUCUCUCUCUCUCUCUCUCUCUCUGCACCCUGUUUAACUGUCAUGUCCGAUCAAGAGCCUACAAGAGCACAAUGGACAUGAACUUUCAGUGCUCAGAAAGACUUGCAGUCCAGCCAGCAGCACCUCCGAGACUCUGCAUGUCUUCCUAUAUAUAUAGCAGAAGGUCUCAAUUGAGAGGAGCUGGAGAUUUGGGUGGCCUUAUGCAACUAUAUCUUCUGUCAUGCAGCAGCCUUGAGCCUUGAGCCUUGCUGCCAGUGAGUAGACACAGUUUCGUAUCGCAGUCGCAGCACAUGGCAUUCGGAAGUGUUGAGUCUAGGCAGGAAAGGUUCGGUUCUGCUGCGCUCAGCUCACUGCGGAUGCCCUUCACGUCGUCUGUAGACAUAUAGAUACAUCGUCGUCGAGCCCAUGAAGCCUCUAAUGAUUUAGCUCGAGCUCUCGACGAGGCGAGCAUCGAAGACGAGAUUACACAGUACACCAACGCCGCUCAUUAUCUUGCAGCAUCUUCCAUUCCGUCAAACAACGUAAAUCAGCUUUGUACAUUCUUUAAAUCAACUGCUUUGCUUCCCUAGAGUAGAGACCUUACUCUAGCUCAGCAGCGACUAUUUUCUCUUGAAGAGACCAAUGGAUUGUCGUGCACAUUCGGUGAUCCUUCGAUUGCCGCCAUGUAGCACAUGGCCGAAUGAACGCAGCUCUCUCACGAGCGGCUGCCCUUGGCUUUCGAUUUCUUAUAUUUCCAACAGCACAGCAGCCCAGAUUCUGAGUGCCGAGUACCCAUUCAGGCAUUGAUAUCAUUCAUUAUCUUCGGUCUUCACAUUUCAUUGCAGAGCUGUAGAUCAAUCCAGUAUUUGCGGUUUAUUCAUGCACUCCAUAUCCGGAAUUCUUUAGAUUUUCAAUUUCGGUAGCCCAACUAGUUUCAGAGGCACACGCAAUUUCUCCAAUUCAGUCGAGAAUCCGUCCGUUUUCCAGGAACCUCUAGACACGGUUUCUCAUGGCAUCCACAAAUGUCAGCUCCAGGCUUCGCAAAAAUCUGUGGACAGUGGUUUUCUUGAUACUGGGAACUUGGAAACAGCCCAUGGCUGCAGCUUCCACAGCACUCGGUGGGGGAUUCGUACGUCGGAGAGGUGUCCAUUUCGAAGACUCGGAGGGACGACCGUUCCUCGUGCAUGGUUGCAACUUCUACUGGCUCAUGUACCAGGCAUCCGAGGACUCGAGCCGACAGAUGGUGGACGAGGUGCUUCGGGACGCCAAGGGCCUGGGGCUCAACGUUGGUCGCACAUGGGCCUUCAAUGAUGGAGCCGAUCGAGCUCUUCAAACCUCCCCCGGUGCCUACGACGAGAAAGUUUUCCAGGGUUUGGACUAUGCGAUAGCCCAAGCAGCGACUCAUCAGAUGAGGCUGGUUCUCAGUCUGAUCAAUAACUACAAUGCCUUCGGUGGAAGGCCUCAGUAUGUACAGUGGGCACGCAAUGCGGGGAACUAUCUACCUUCUGAAGACUCAUUCUACACCCACUUCGUCACCCGACAAUGGUACAAGAAUCACGUGAAGAAAAUUUUGACGAGAGUGAACUCUAUUACUGGAGUUAUGUACAAAGAUGAUCCGACGAUCCUGGCCUGGGAACUCAUGAACGAGCCUCGCUGUGCAUCUGACCCUUCGGGUGACACUUUGGUGAAGUGGGUGAGGGAGAUGGGAGCCUACGUGAAGUCUAUAGACCAAAACCACAUGCUGCAGGCAGGAAUGGAAGGGUUUUAUGGAGCGAGCACUCCCGAGAGGAGGUGGGCCAAUCCCAAUGAAAUGGAGGGGCUGGGCACAGAUUUUAUUCGCAUCAACCAAGUUACUUACAUCGACUAUGCAACUGUUCACUCGUACCCAGAUCUUUGGCUGCCGCAGGCGAGCGAGGACACGCAGCUGAGCUUCCUGCAGAUGUGGGUCAAUGUGCACAUCGAGGACGCGAGGGACUUUCUGAACAAGCCCGUGGUGUUCUCGGAGUUCGGCAAGAGCGACCAGGCGCAGGGCUACAAGCCCUCGCAGCGGAGCGACUUCUUCUGGGCCGUGUACAACAGCGUGUUCUCGUCGGCCAACACGGGCGGCGCUGCGGCCGGCGCUAUGCUCUGGCAACUCCUGCCGCAGGGCAUGCAGCAGUGGAGCGAUGGGUUCGCCGUCACGGCCGACGAUCGUUCGUCCGCCAACAUCAUCUCCUGGCAGUCCCAGCGCCUCAAUCGCGUCACCGAGUUCCUCUACUCCCGUGCCUCCCAUUCCUCGCGCGGUCAGAACCUCGAGCCCCAUGUCUAGCGCUUCCCCCUCCCCUCCCCUCCCCUGCCCUCCCCUCCGCUGCCCUGCUUCGACCGAGUCGUCCGUCGUGGAACACGAGGAGAAUAUUGCCUUGUGCUCGAGAUCAUGGCAUGCAGAAGCCCUGAAUAGCGUUCCGAUUACGUAAUCAUCCGCAUCAUGAGUGACUAAUAUUCAUCUCGAUGUGGCUUCUUCUUCAUAUUCUUCCUCUCUUGCAUCAUCGGGGCACAUACUAUGCAGACGUCUUGGACAUGGUUCGCACAGGUCCACGAACUGAAGAGUAUGAUCUUGUGCCCAGAUGGACCUGAGUGCCUUCGGUAUGAAACCAAUCCUUUUCGUUGUGAAUCUCAGAAAUCAAACGCGCAAUUGUCCGUCCAAUGAUUGCCGGUCGACAUCACCAUAUCUACGAGUCGAUGGUGCAGAUUGUGCUAUGUAUGAUCAGAUUGACAUUGCUGCCUCUGAAGAGAUAUACAGAAAGUGCACAAUUCGAAUAAAAAUUUGCCAUCUUGUUUCAUCAAACGGAGCGAACUGUAUAUAAAUUUCGGUAGUGGCUGGCUACAAACCCACGAUCUGUACCUGUAGACGAGAACAGAGCUGAAAAUUCUCGAGGUGCAGGCCUCGAGUAGCUUGCUGUUCAUGAAAUGUUUCCGGCAGGCGGAAUCCUAGGUUUACAUGAACUCCUGUGAUCGCUGCAAGUGUGUAAUUCUAAUCCAACACAUGUACAAAUAUCUGCCAAUUAUUGUACCGUAUGUUCUGUACGUCCUUGGAGUCAUUGGCCUAUGAAGUGACGCUCACACCUGACAUAAGGACACGCUCAAAGGAUUUUC